AUGGCACUUUUUACAUGGACUCCACCUCCCCCUCCAGAUCCAGACACACUAAAGAAUCCUCCUCAAUUCACUACCUUCCCGCUAGUUCAGCUGCGAGCAGGCAAGAUCAAAAAGUCCCUUUGGAAUGGCAAAAUUGAAUCGGCAAUCUACAAGACUCCUUUGACCGGCUCAGUCGAAAUAUGCGAACUUGGUAUCACGACAGACGAACAUGCAUUUCCUAAGCAUGUGAGCCCUGACAAGGCCCUCCUCCACUACUGCUCAUCUCACUAUGACGACUGGAAGAAGGAAUUGCCGAACUCAGAGCACUACUUCAAACCCGGCGCAUUUGGUGAAAAUUUAUUCAGUACAGAAGUCAGCGAGAAGACCCUUUGUAUUGGGGACCGGCUUGCCAUUGGAGAUGUCGUUGUCGAGGUCAGCGAACCGCGAGGACCAUGCUUCAAGCUCAAUCACCGUUUCGAGGUCAAGGACAUGGCCAAGCGCACGCAGACUCUUUUUCGCACCGGCUGGCUGUAUCGCAUAAUCAAGACGGGCACAAUCAGGAAGGGGGAUCUGAUCUCGCUGCUUGAGAGACCACAUCCGGAAUGGACAGUGGCGCGUGUCAUGUACUAUCUCUUCAUCGAAACCAACAACACUAAUAUGAUGGAGGAGAUUGUCAUGAUACCUCAGCUCGGUUGGGAUAUCAAGGUUCAGUUUCAGGCUAGACUUGACAAGGGCAUAGCUGAGGACCAGAGUGGUAGAUUGUUCGGGGGCGAAGACGAAAAGACAUUCGCUUGGAAUGAAUAUCGCCUGGUAGAGAAGAGGAAAGAGACCAAAUCUGUCACAGCCUUUACUUUUGAGGCAGUAGAGGACGUUUCUGAUAUUUUUCCUGUUCAUCCCGGUAGCCAUGUGCGAGUGAAGCUAGGUGGAAAGCUGGUACGCGCCUACUCAGUGACUGGUGGAACGUCUAAACGUUUUGAACUCGGCGUCGCUCUCGAUCCCGAAAGCCGUGGCGGCUCAAAGUACCUGCAUGAGGAUGCAAACGUAGGUGACAUUAUAACGAUUGGCCGGAUCACAGCGAGCUUCCCGCUAGCCAAAGAAGCAGACAGUCAUACCAUCAUUGCGGGCGGUAUCGGCAUCACAGCCUUCCUGGUCGCGCUCGAGAAGCUUCAGAAAACAAAGCAAAACUUCCAUCUGCAUUACGCAGUUACGGAAGAGGUACCUUUUGCAGCCCAAGUCACAGCACUAGGCCCACAUGCAACCAUCUAUAACAAGUCUGCAGGCCAGCGCCUAGACAUCUCUUCUAUCCUCGGGAAAGCAAAUGACAGAACACACAUUUACACCUGUGGACCAACCCGACUCAUGGACGCUGUUGUCAACACUGCAAAGACUUACGGCAUUCCUGAGUCGUCCGUCCAUAUUGAAGCCUUCACAACCACAACUUCCGGUGAUCCAUUUACAGCAGAGCUCCGAAAGAGCAAAAAGAGUGUACAAGUUGGCACAACGCAAUCGCUCCUCGAUGCACUGAAGGCCGUAGGAAUGGACAUUGAUAGCUCCUGCGAAGUUGGCAAUUGCGGGACAUGUACGGUAGACGUAUGUUCAGGUCGAAUCGAGCAUCGUGGGACUGCGCUUCAAGAGUCGGAAAAGGAAACAAGUAUGUUGACUUGCGUGAGUAGAGGCAUAGGUACUAUCGUCCUAGACUUGUAA